AUGGCGAACUCUCUGUGUUUCGGACCAUUCAUUUCCUCGAACGUCGUUGAUAACAGACCUGGGCUUAUUAGUCACAAAUUUAGUAGCAAGAAGGCGAAUUGGCUCAGCGACGCUACUUGCAGCUCAAAGGCUGCUCCUUUCGAAGCUUUAAAGCUUCGUGCUACAGACAGCAAACCAAGCACCAAACCAAAUAGCAUAAUCUGUGCUGAAUGUGAUGGAGAUGGUGCUAAAAAAUGUACGCAAUGCCAAGGCACUGGAGUCAAUUCAGUAGAUCACUUUAACGGCCAGUUCAAAGCUGGAAACAUGUGCUGGCUCUGCAGGGGCAAAAAGGAGAUUCUUUGUGGUAAUUGCAAUGGUGCUGGGUUUAUUGGUGGUUUCAUGAGCACAUUUGAUGAUUAG